AUGGGGGCGGCGCGGCGGGGCCUGCUGCUCGACCAGUGGCGCGGAAUCCAGGAGGACGAGGAGGCGUACGACGACCGCGGCGACCCGUCCGCGGCCAACCAUCGCCGCCGCCGCCUCAACCAGGCCAAGGAGCAGUGGUUUUCACAUUGUUUUGAUUUUCUAGAAAGUUUGCCAAAAGAAGAGCAUAUUUGGUGUGGAUAUGCUGAUAUUAUGGGACCUUUUUUAGAAAUGUUCCAUGGUUACUUUGAUGAGCAGGAAAACUCACUCGUUAGAACAAUAUGGUCACGGAUUUCUCAAGAACUGGGCAUUUGUACACAGUGUGUGUGUGAACACCACCAGGCACAGGAAUCUUUUGAUAUUGAAUGUCGGUCAGGUAGUAUUGACCCCCUCCAGAAAGUAUUACGGCAUCUUGAUGAAGAGAGGGUUACGAAGCACCUAGAAAAGAUAAAUGCAAUGAUUCAGCUCAAGGAAUAUGACCCUUCCUGUCAUGGUGCAGAAGUUGUUUGCAUAAUGUUCGAAGUUUUGAUGUAUCCUGUUCUAUUAGAUGACCAAUCACUGGCUAAUCAGUUCCAGAAGUUCAUUGAAACAAUUGAUGAAUCAUAUGAAGUGAGCCUUUCAACUAAUCAGCAAUAUCCUGGUGUUUACGCAUUACUUUUCUUCAAAAGUGGUAAAGCUCGGGCUAUUGGUCUUCGCUUAUCCCGAUCCAUGGGGAAAUUAAGGAAAGCGGUUGACCUGGAACCACUGCAACCCUUACUGCAAAAGUAUAUCAAUUUCUUGGAUGCUGAAGUUCUUCCAUCUACUCCAGAAUCUUCAAGGCCCAGGGUGCAGCUCCAAAGGGCUGAUGUUUGGCUUGGAUUUAAAUCACUCCUUGGAUUUCUCGAGGCACCUGCUUUUGAAGAUGGAAUCUUGGAGAAAUACCCUAUCUUCCUGAAUAUUGUACUUAACCAUGUCAGUGAUGACGGAUUCGAUUUAUCAUGUGCUGUUAGUUGCCUCAAAGCAUCAUUUGAAAUGCUUGGCUGCAAACUUUGGUUGAGAACAACGCUAUCACCUAGUGUUAUUCGGAACACAUUAUUGGGCCAGUGUUUUCACACUCGAGAUGAGAAAAGUCACAAAGAAAUUUUUGAUCUUUUCAUCCCGUUUCUUCAGUCCCUUGAAGCUCUACAAGAUGGCGAACAUGAGAAGCAACGGAGGAAUAUUCUGUAUUUUCUUCUUCAUCAAGUAACUCGGAGUAGUAAUUUCAGUGCACUGAUGAGAAAAAAUGCUACUAAGAUUGCUCUUCUUAUUGUGCAAAGAGGCUACACAAUGAACCCUCCUUGCCCAGCCUCGGAAUGUGCCCAUAUGUGGGGACCAUCUUUGAUAUGCUCGUUAAAUGAUACAUCCUUGCAUAGUUCUCUGCGUCAACCUGCGUUUGAUCUCAUCAAUAUUCUCAUAGUUUCUGAUGCUUCUGCCUUGAUUUCCUUUAAACUGAAGUAUGAGUCUGCCACAAAGGGUGAUUCAAGCAACUCUGUCAUGUUUGUCGAGGACGAGGAUGAAUUGCCUUUUGCCGAUGAUACCGCGGAAAAGGAGUACAGCUGUUGGAGUGAUUUCAGAGCUCUGAACAAGUUGACAUUUAGGGGAUGCAAGGAUUGGACAUGUGUCCCUUUGUUAUGGUAUCUGGUAAUGGUUCAGUUGGAACCCUCUAAACUGCCUAUGGCUUUUUCGAAAGCAGUGUUUUGGGCUCUAUCUCAUAUUUCUAUUUUGGAGCCUGGGUUAGCUAUGGACUUGUCAGUGCCUGUAAAUGAUUGGUUAUCGUCACAUGCUGGAGAAGUCUCGUCAACAUUUUCAUGGCAAGUUCCAAAUGGUGCUGAUGAUGGUGGAGGUGGGAAGGAUUGCAUCAAUACUCUCAAGGUGUCAAAAUUUGGUACCCUGUUAUUGAGAAUAUUUAAAAGAUUUGCAAUCCGUGUCAUCAUGCAAAUUGAGCAAUGUGGGCUUCAAAAGCAAUGGACAUGGGAACCAAUGAUGGCGGAAAGCUUGAUUUUGGCACUAGUUGAUCCCAAUGAUAAUGUGCGGCAAGCAGGGAGGGCUGUCAUGGAACAUGUAUCCCAAGCACGGGGUUUGACUCCUGGGCUUCAAUUUCUGUGCUCGAGUGCAUCUUCACUGUCUGCUGUUUUCGUGGGUCUAAGAUAUGCAGUGCAGCUGGUGGAAAGGCAGUCACUUUUGGCAGAUUUUCAUAGUCUUCAUCACUUGUUUUUUGUCAUAUUCAAAUUAGUCAAGGAGGACAUUGCUCAACAGCCUUCAAUUCCACAGCCAGCAAAACCUUCUGAAGGUGGUUUCUUGCGUCAACCAUUUUCAAAUGUACCAAUUACCCCACCAGAACAUGCUGUAGAUAUUAUUUCCUGGGAGAAGUUCAGCACUUUGCUUUCAGCAACUCUCUGGCCUUUAAUUUCCACGUGCCUGAUAAAGGGAGAGGAGCUAAUAAAUACCAAACAAUGUCAGAUAUCAUGUGUUCGAGUGCUUGAGUUGCUUCCCCUAGUCUACAGCAGAGUCAACUCAUAUUGUGCUGAGCUAUUCAGUAUGAUGACAAUGGUUCCGGACCCUAGUGAUAUGACAUGGCUUUUUCACUUGAUUAACUGGGGGAAAUCAUCUCUGCUUGUGAUCAGCAGACACUGGAAACAGUGCAUGCUAUCUUUAUUUAAAAUAUUAAAGGGUUCACAUGGUGACACCAUUCAACGCUACAUUGAAGAUCUUGGUGAUACCAUUUCACACGAUGUAAUUGAUAUGGAUGAACUUAAAGGGAGAAUUUCUAAUCUUAAUCUUGCGGUGUUCAAGAAGGUGCCCACAAAAUCAGUUGAAACCAUUCCUUCUCUGAUUAGGCACGCAGAUCAGGAGAGACAUACUGGUCGGGACAAUCUUGAGACCAUGAAGCCCUCUCACGCGUCAGACACCGAACACAUAAUUCUUCUUUCGGACAGUGAAGAAAAUUUGCCUACAGAUGAUGUCAUUGGUGAGGAGGUUUUGUCUUCAGUGAAGGAGAAUGACGGAUUUACUGCUUCCGAUCUGUUAAAAAAUCCCUCUGUACAAACAAUGCCAGUUGAAGAUAAACAUGUGUUCUUAAAACAGCAGACACGUAGUGAUGUUAGUGCCUCUUCAAGACCUGUAUCGACGGAGAAUAGAGGCACACGUGCUGCCUCAAAAGGAUUAGGUGGAACAAAGAUGCCAAGUGUUCCAGCCAAUAAAAAUAGUACUUCCCUUUUACCAAACAAGGUUAAAUCAUCUGUUAGCGCCACUACUCAACCAUCCCGUCCAAAUUUGUCAUCGGAUGUAUGCAAAUUUAAGUCAAUUUUCAGAGAUAUAUCUGAUGAUGAAGAUGAUCCCUUAGAGCAUGCACUUGAUAAUUACAGAAGACCACAAAUUCGUGUAACAAAGUCUGCCAUAUUAAUUCCUAAAAGGCAAAUAGUUCAACUUCAGUUGCCUGCUGAAAGGAGACAGUCUUCUGGUAGAUCGGAUACCAGUUUCCGACGUUUUAGUCCUCCUAAGCUGGACAGUUGGUUUAAGAAUAUAUUGGAAAUGGAUUACUUUGCUAUUGUCGGGCUAUCUUCUUCAGAGACAGUAAAGAAACCUGCUUUAAAACAAAUUCCUGUCUGCUUUGAUUCACAAGUUCAAUAUGUUGAGAUUUUCCAGCCACUUGUUAUAGAAGAGUUCAAAGCUCAGUUGCAGAAUGCUUAUGUUGAAACCCCUCCUGAAGAUAUGAUGUGCGGCUCUAUUUCUAUACUCUCAGUUGAAAGAGUUGAUGAGUUUCUUGUUGUUCGUGGGCGUGCUGAGAACACAGUGUGUGUCAAAUCUAAAGGGUGUAUAGAGAAUGAUCUAAUACUGCUUACCAAGGAUCCACUGAAAAGCUCUGGUCAGCAAGUCCAUGUGCUUGGAAAGGUGGAUCGGCGUGAGAGUGACAAAAAUAAGGCUUUAAUUAUUGUAAUAAAGUUCUACCUCUCGAAUGAGAUUCCACGUUUAAAUAAAGUGAAACGGCUUCUUGUUGAAAGAAGUAAAUGGUUCUUGAAUCGGGUUUUGAGCAUGACUCCUCAACUCCGAGAAUUCAGUGCUCUCUCAUCAUUAAAUGACAUCCCAGUGCUUCCAGUAAUCCUGAAUCCUGUUUCAUGUACUGCAACCAACCAUGAAUCUGUAAAAGUGUAUCUUGAUAAACUUGCACGCCCUCUGCGGAAAGUAUUGAAGUCUUCUUACAAUGACAGCCAGCUCCAAGCUGUAAGUAUUGCCAUUGGGUCAGCAAGCUCGAAAACAAAAUGUGAUCUGUCUCUUAUUCAGGGCCCUCCAGGUACAGGUAAAACAAAAACUAUUGUUGCGAUCGUGAGUGCAUUGCUUUCUUUACAUGCCGACAACUCUUACAAUUUACCAAGAAAUGAAUCGCUGGCUAGUGCUGAAUUUACCAAGCCAAGAACAAAGAUUAGUCAAACUGCUGCAGUAGCUAGAGCUUGGCAGGAUGCAGCCCUGGCUAAACAACAGAUAAAGGAUUCCCAGAGAGAAAACCCGAGGACAGAACGGCUUUCAAAAGGCAUCCUUUCAAGAGGAAGGGCUCUAGUAUGUGCGCAGUCAAAUGCUGCAGUUGAUGAACUUGUGUCAAGACUCAGUAAUGGAUUGUAUGAUACUGAAGGAAAGCUGUAUAGACCUUAUAUAGUGAGGGUUGGUAAUGCAAAGACAGUUCAUCCUAAUUCAAUUCCUUUCUUUAUUGACACACUUGUUGAACAAAGGUUGUCAGACGAGUUAAAGAUUAAUGAUGAAUCCAAAAUUUCAUCCGAUGGCGAAUCGUCUGGUUCACUCAGGGCUAGGUUGGAGAAGGUUGUAGACAGAAUUAGAUAUUAUGAGUCACGGCGAAAACUAGUGGAGGGUGAUAAGACAGAAACUGGAUCUUCUGUGCCCGAUGAAGAUGAGAUGGAUGAAGUUUCUGAUGAAGCAAUUGGUGCAAAGCUCAAUAUUUUAUAUACACAGAAAAGGGCAGUUUCUUCAGAACUUGCCACUGCUCAUGCACGUGAAAAGAAAAUAGCUGAUGAAAACAAGUCUCUUAAGCACAAGGUAAGGAAGUCAAUUCUCGGAGAAGCAGAGAUUGUUGUGACAACGCUCAGUGGGUGUGGAGGUGAUAUUUACGGAGUUUGCUCGGAAACUGCUUCAGCUAAGAAAUAUGGGAAUUUCUCUGAGCAAGCUUUGUUUGAUGUUGUUGUUAUCGAUGAAGCUGCACAGGCUCUUGAGCCUGCAACUUUGAUUCCACUUCAGCUACUCAAGUCGAAAGGAACUAAGUGCAUAAUGGUUGGUGAUCCGAAGCAGCUACCUGCUACCGUGAUGUCUGGAUUGGCUAGCAAGUUUCUCUAUGAGUGCAGCAUGUUUGAACGCCUACAAAGAGCUGGUUAUCCAGUUAUUAUGCUCAGUAAACAGUACCGAAUGCAUCCUGACAUUAGCAGAUUCCCGUCGUUGCAUUUCUAUGAAAACAAACUGCUGGAUGGUGCUCAGAAGGCUGAGAAAUCAGCUCCUUUCCAUGAUCACAGUUGUCUUGGUGCAUACAUGUUCUUUGAUAUUGCCGAUGGUCGUGAGCGUUCUGGAACAAGUGCUGCUGCACAAUCACUCUCUAAUCAAUUUGAAGCUGAUGCAGCACUUGAAAUACUGUCAUUUUUAAAGAACAGAUAUCCAGCAGAUUUCUCCUGUAGAAAGAUAGGGAUCAUAACUCCGUACAGGAGUCAACUCUCCUUGCUGCGUUCAAGGUUCACAUCUUUUUUUGGGCCUGAAAUUGUUGCUGAGAUGGAAAUCAAUACUGUGGAUGGAUUUCAAGGUCGGGAAGUUGACAUCUUGGUGUUGUCAACUGUUAGAGCCUCCAACUCCUCAGGUGACAGGCAUCACACUGGUGAAGCACGUAGCAUUGGGUUUGUUGCAGAUGUUAGGCGUAUGAAUGUUGCGCUAACACGUGCCAGGUUUUCUCUAUGGAUAGUUGGUAACGCAAGAACAUUGCAGACAAAUUCACACUGGGCUUCCUUAUUACAGAAUGCUAAAGAACGGAAUAUGCUCAUCUCAGUUCAGAAGCCCUAUAGUCUGAUCUUUCAAAAUGUUCAUGGUACUACCCAUAGUCACCUUAAGCAGCAGAAGGAAAAUGAAAAGGCUGAUAUGACAAAUUCGUGGACAGUCAAUGCACAACUCCAUAAAGAACAUGUGAGACUUGCUGACAGUGCUACAGAAAAGAAAGGUAAAAGUUUACGUGAGGAUCAGGCAAAACAAGCAUCACGCUGGGAUCAAAAGACUCGUAAAACUGAAGCCUCCACCUUGAGAAAAUUGAGUCAAGAAAAUGAAGCGAGAACGCAGAAUGAUGAUAUGAGAGUUACCAAGGGCUCAUUGAAACAAGAUAUUGAUCAGGAUUCGGUGAUAAGAAAGCAAGGGGCAGAAAAGAAGUUGUCCGUGCAGGAUGUAAAUCAGCUGGAGCUUGCUAAAAGGUUGGCAACAGGGGAUCCCCAUGAUGGCUCUCGUGUCCGAAGACAAAGGGAAUUGAAUAAGCCUGUUAAUGGGAAUGCUGAUAUGGUAACUGAUAAGGCCUUAUUUAAGCAUGGUCCAUCUGAGAAUCCCAAGGUGAGGUUACAUCAUAACGACAAAAAGGCUGCCAACCAAAACAAUGAUAUGGGAACCAUCAAGGGUUCGUCAAAACAUGAGUCUGUUGUAAAAUCAGCGGCCAAGCAGGAUGAUGGUUCUUCAUCAGCACAACACCGUGAAAUGCAGAAUUUGAUACAAAAGGCUAAAGGAGCAAGGAAGUUUUCUGAAACACCAAGGUUCAGUAAUUCAAACAAAGAGGGUUCCUUGCUUAAACAUGACGCAGUUUCGGAAUUAGCAAAUAGGAACAGUGGUACUGGUCCACCAACAAUCCCUGAUAUGAAGAAAAAUAAGGUCAAGGGGGCAAGGAAGUUUACUGAACAACCAAGAUCUGGGAACUCGAAUCAGGUGGAUCCAUCAGUUUCAUCACAUUUUGAUGGAACAAGCAGCCAUAUACGGGACCUCACGACAAGCCAAGCUGCUAAGCAAACUGUAACUAGUCAAAAGGACCAAAUUGCAGCGAGGAAGCGUCAAAGGGAGGACGUUGAAUCUUUACUUUCCUCAGCUCUUAUAUCAUCAAAGAAGCCUAAGAAGAAACAAAAAUGA